GGUAGUGUACUCUACAGUUGGGCACAGUUUACACCAGCAGCGUUGUCAUAUCUACGUUUCCAUUAUUAAUCCUUCUCUCAAAUUCUAGUUUAUUGACUUUAUUCGGAAAAAUGCGAGGAAUGGACUGGGAGGCAGAUUGCGGCCGGUCUCCGUCGACGGCCACCGUCCCAGUCCGAUUCAGAGCCAAGUGAGACAAGACCACCGUCGAACCGACGUCGCACUUCUCACACGGGCCAUCCAAACCUAGGAGAUUUGGCUUACAUGGAUCCUUCAUAAGGAUUCCUCCUUUUUUAAUACCGCCACAUUUAAAAUUGUACACAAAUUCCGGCAAAGUAUUGUAGCCAAAUGGACUCCUCAGUCAUUGAACGGCACGAGUUGCUGAACCCUGUUGAUGUCGAGGCAAGGCUAAACACGUCGAAAAUCCCCGCAAACACAAUUGUCGUCACUGAGCCGACUGAGCUUAUCGGAGCCCAAUACAUCAAUCUCCACAGGUUGCCGGAGAACCUGCAAAAAGUUCAGAUUGUCACAGACCCUUUGUCAGGCGACAUUUUGAACCAUCAAGUAGUAGAGUUGACCGCUGACAAUGAGUUUGUACCUGCGGCCGUGGGUAGUCAGUAUUACGAUGAUGAGCUUCUUUCCCACGAGCUGACGGAGGAAGACAAACGACUUGCUGCAGCACUUGUCGCUGUACAACUGGUCCAACAGCAGAAACAGCAACAUACCAUUCUUGCAUCAGAGCUUCUGAAAUCGACAGCCAUGGCGCCUCUCUCUCCUUUACAGAGCGUCUCCAUUGAAAAGCCCACUGUUGCCACUAUGGUCACAAGCUACUUCCAAGCCUUUGAUGAUGAUCCCACACAGCAACAACUUUUGGACCCUCAGAGUCAAGAAAGGAUGCUGAAACUGUACCAAUCUCAGCCUGCUACAACAGCACCACUGACUGAUCUUAGGCUGGCACCUCUCCCUCCCUUAAAGAAAGUUUUAUCAAAUCAAACGCUCCUACGUAAUCGUUUGGACAAAACUGUGUUGGAACAAGUUCAAGUAUCUGAAGGUUCAUUAGAUCCAACCAAGGACAUGAUCAAAUCGCAUGACUUAAAGACAGAGAACCAAAAUAGUGAUAACAGUAUUAGCGGAGAUCAGCAAGAAGGGGAAGAAGGGGAUUCUGAAGGCGAAGGGGCCAGUAACGAAUUGAAGUCGGCUAAAAGAAGUUUGCCGCACAAGAAAAGGAUUCCAAGGAUAUUGAAAACUCAACCAAAUACGAGGCAAAUACUUCCUCGCACUUACAAAUGCAAUAAAUGUGGCCUCGUCCUGAACAACCAGGCCGCGUAUUUUUCGCAUAAAUCAACACAUGUUUCAAAAGUGUACACUUGCGAAUUGUGUGGAUCGCAGUGCUCAAACCAGAUCAAGUUCUUUGCGCAUUUAAAAGCGCAUUAUGAGCCGAACCUACUUCAUGUAGCUAAUGAAUUAUCGGAACAGCAUAUAAUUCAGUACCAGACUCCAUCCGGCCCGGUAAUUCAAGAUUCAUUUACUAUUAAGUCAGAUGAAUCCCACCAGUCAACACAACAACAGCCACAGCAACAACUUCAACAACAGCAACAGCCACAACAACAAAGACAACAGCAGCAACAUUCACAGACAGAGCAGCAGCAACAGCCAUCAUCCCAGCAGCAGGAAUCAAAUUUCACAUGCAACAUCUGUGGACGUGUGUUCCGACGUGAAAAAGCGUACGAAUCGCAUAUUACUACAGCACAUACAACUUUUACGCAAAUAGACGAAUUCAGUGAGCCUGAAGAUAUGAUGGAAGGUAUUAGACAUGUUGUGAACAUUCAGGCUGGAAGUGGGGAUGAAGAAGUCGAUGAUAAAAUAAGAACUUGGAAGUAUUCAGACAACUUAAAUAUUCCCCCAGAAAUGACUAUUCAAAGUGUGAGCAGAAAAGAUUCCAUGGGUUUUGGCUCUUCCAAUGAAAAGGACGGUGAAAAACCUCCAAAAUUGAAAAAAGUAAUUCAGUGCCCACAUUGUUCAAGAACUUUCAGCCAUCGUAAUUCCUUACUUUAUCAUGUGAGGUCGCAUUCAGGAAGACGACCUCAUCAAUGUGAUGUGUGUGGGAAAGCUUUUUUCGCUGCCAAUGCUCUGAGGGUCCAUAUGCGAAUGCAUUCUGGAGAUAAACCUUAUAAAUGUGAAGACUGCGGGCGGAAUUUUCGGCAAUGGGGAGAUUUGAAAUAUCACAUGACGUCGAUACAUUCAAAUACAAAACAAUACCAGUGCGAAUUCUGUGGAAAGGAUUUUGCAAGAAAGUAUUCAUUGAUUGUUCACCGACGCAUACACACCGGUGAAAAAAAUUACAUAUGUGAAUUUUGCAGAAAACCAUUUAGAGCUUCAUCAUAUUUGGUCAACCACCGACGUAUCCACACAGGUGAGAAACCGUACAAUUGUGAUGUUUGCCAUAAGCCUUUCCGUGUCAAGUCGGAUAUGAAAAGACAUCGCAAUACACACAACAAGGAGCAUAAUGUCAGUGUUGUAAGCGAAGAAAGAAGCGACCCAGUUCCAGAAGUAAUCCCCGAGGCCGAACCUGAAAACAUCCUUCAAGACACAGUCACGUCAGCAUCCGGCCCGUUGAAUCUAAACAUGCGGCAAGAUAGCGACAAUAUAAGUUUCACAAGGGAUCUCGACAGAGAUACGAAUACAUUAUACGUUUGGAUACCCGAAACUGGUGAAACUAUAAUACCAGAUUAAAUUUAAUGUUUUCACUUGUACUUAACCCUCUUUAGAUUUUAAGAACAUGUGAAAUGGUUUGCCACUAUUUUUGGGGUAUUACAUUUCCAUGGUCAUUCAGAAUAUUUCUUCUGCUGUCGUAUUAUGGUUCCACUAUUCUACAUAUAGAUGUGUCCAGUAUAUUGAUGAGAUGGCAAAAAUUUCGGUUUAAAAAUCUGUAGUUUAUACAAAAUACACUUAGGGUUUGGUAUUUACUAAAAACACUAUUCAAAGUAUAAAAUUAAUUUUAAUUAUUGAGUUUGAUUAAAAAUGCUGACGUAAGGCCAAAUUGUGACCUGAAGAACUGCUGAAAGGUCAAGACUCUUGGAAUUCUCUUUUGUUAGCCAAUUUUAACUAACUUAAAAUCAUUUAGGAAACGAAAAAAGUUCUAUGGUACAAAAAUUUUUGUUCUUAUGAAAUAAACAAUUUCAAUUUCAUCUGGGUAUGCAAAUUUCUUAUUUUUGUUUAAUUUUCUUUCACAAGAAAUCCAACCAGUUGAAUUAAUUUGGCUCCAUUGUUAAAUAUGUAAUUCUUUUCUAACUGGUCAAAUCUUUAGUAAUUUUUCAAAGUUGGUUUGAAAUUUCUUUGAUUUAUUUGUCCACAGUUUUAACUAAAUUUUCAUCUUAGUCAUUCUAGAAACCAAUGCUGAAAGUAAGGGGAAAAAUGUAAUAUGUAUAUAAUAUAUUCCUGUGAUUAACAUGGUGUGUUGAUGGUGAAAAUAAUAACUGGCGAUAAAGAUAAAUUCUAUGUGAAAUUUUGUAAAGUUUGUAGUAGUGGAAUUCAAAUUUUUAAAAAAAUCUAAAGUAGUUUUUUUAUUUUUAUAACUUGUUUAAAAAUCUUUAUCGUCAUUUAAAUCUAUGAUCUAUAAGUAGAGAUUAGGGGUGACCAAAUUAUAUAAAUAAUGCCAACUUUGAGUACUGAUGCAUAAAAACAUCCUACAAAAGCAAAAUUAGAAGAUGUUUAAAUUAAAAGAUUAGUAAAUUUCAGAAAUGUUUUUCACUGGUAUGCAAGAUAUUGACAAAUCUAUUAUACAAAUAAUUUAUGCAUUUUUUUUCUCCAAAAGAUUCUCACUUCAUUUUUUGGUUUUAUUACAAGAUUAAAUUAGCUGUAUGUGUAUGAUUGUUUUUGUUUUGAAUGAAUUAUUGUUAAGAAUGAAUUUAA